AUGGAUACCCAGACAUGGUAUUUGAAAACUUCAAAGCUGGCACUGGCCUUGGCGAUUAUCCACUCAAAACCAGCAGACAGAAGCAGCAGAGAGUAUGCAGAGCACCUGGCCACCUUGGUGACCCAGCCAGAGUCCAAAUGGAAAGCAAAAGUUGAAGCCUUAGAAGCAGAAGUCCUACAGUUACGUCAAAAACUUUUCCUGAGUAACAUUUCCUCGGGAUUGCUUAAGAAUGGACAUGAUGUGCUCCCCACGUUGUCAGAUCAGGAACCUACAAGUUCUGAAAAUACAUUGACUUUGAUGGACGACUCUGGAUGUGUUUUAUCAAAUGAGCAAAGAAGCGAACCUGCAGAAUUAUCCCAGCAUUUUGUGGAGAGCAACAAUCCCCCACUCCUCCCACUGCCUAUUGAGAAAAAGCCAUGCCCUGCCCUGGAAAAUCCUCUGUCUUCUCACAUGCAGUUCUUACAACAUCUCCUGGAACUGAAGAAAUGGACAGAAUCCAGUAAUCUGGAAGUAUACUUAACCCACUUUGAAAAAGACUCUUCCACAGUUUCUGAUUCAAUUUCACAGUUGUUAGAUGGCCUGAUCAUGUUUUACCGGAACCCCAAACUCCCUUUCUCAAGCUUUUGGACAGAGGCUGUUGGUGCGUUAGCCAGAUUGGCGAAUGAUUUUAAUGUAUCAAAUCAUAUUUUUAAAAGAUGUUCUAAGAAGUUGGAAGAAUUUGAAAAAACUCUACUCCAGGCUGUUUUACGGAACAACAGUAUAAACCGGUUCCAGGUGCAGCAUUAUGUCUCUCAGAGCCUAGUCACCCUAGGAAGUUGCAGCUUGAUGAGGAAGUCUGUUGUAUCGCUGCUACUAUCAGAAGUAAACAGCUUUGUGGACUACCUGGGAGCCAUCAAUCAGGAGCAAGGCAAUUAUGAUGUGACACGCUAUGAAAAUAUUUUCUCCCUGUUUUGGAUUCUGGAACAACUUCUUCAACCGGAAACUCAGGGAGAUCCUACUCCACACAUCGAUCUCAGCAGCCCGGAAAUUCAGACAUUUCUUCAGAAGCACGAUGAAACCAUCUGCCGACUUUCUGAUGCAUUUCCUUUAUUUACGUUUUACAUAUGGAGACUGGCUGUUCUCUUGAACUCCACAGAGAUGGAAACUCUUAAGAAUGAAUCGUUGCCUUAGCAGUUUCCUGUAUAACAGAAAGUGGU